CCACCAACCUCAGCUACAUCACCUGCUGAAGAUUAUUAGUCCGCCUUUCACUGUUGCCUUGUAAGGCUCUCCCAUUCGCCAUCGGAGACUGUCGCUGCUGCAACACUGUCCCGUAGUCACUCAGCAAUUAUGCCGGUACAAUUUGCUGCAAAGAGGCUGGGGAAGGAAUUGAACAAGAUCCAAAAUGGCCUCCCACCUGGCAUUGAGCUCGUCUCCGCAGACAACUUGGAAGAGUGGCUCCUGGAUAUACGAGUCCUCGACAACAACCCGCUUUACCUCAACGAUACAUAUCGACUAAAGUUCCGAUUCGGCCAGUCAUACCCCAUCGAGCCUCCCGAAGUGGUAUUCGUCAAGCAAGCCGACCGGCCGAUUCCGAUCCACCCGCACAUCUAUUCCAACGGAAUCAUUUGUCUCGACCUACUCGGUCAACAGGGUUGGAGCCCCGUGCAAAGCGUGGAAAGCGUGUGCAUGAGUCUACAAAGCAUGUUGACCGGGAACACCAAGAACGAACGACCUCCCGGCGACGAGGAAUUUGUUCGCGCCAACAAGCAGCGCCCCAAGGAUAUUGAGUUCUACUAUCACGACAAUACCGUCUAGAGGAAAAACGGGGGUCGGCGGCAGAACAUCUUGCGAAAAUUGCGCUGGAAAAUGGGAAGGCGUUACUUUUUCGGUACACAACGCUUCCAGCGUCCAAUCUGGAUGGUCUAGUCACCCACACUGGAUGGGGCGUAGUUCGUAUUGUUUGCAUUAUAAGGAGUUCACAUACUUGCAAGUUGACUGGGAUUUAAUACUGGCGCAUAAAGGCUUAGGGAAGGUGAGUUGUAGUUGAUGAGCAUUCGGAAUUGCUCGACUCGGCACUGGAACAGCGAGCCUGUUUGAUAUGCAAUUUUCGCAAGAUUGGUGAUUAGUUAUACUCAGCAGCACCGGGAACUUGAGUCUCACCAAAUACUCAGCAUAACUACUAGGCAGCGGAAGACAUUGACUGAUUUUCUAUGCGAUGAA